AAAUCCACGAGGGGGGCGGGGAAUCUUUUUUAUCGGCUAAGCGCCGCGGUGGCCACCAUCUCCGCCAUGGGAACCGUGACAAGAGAAAGGAGCCGAAGAUGGGCGAAGAGAUUUUAAUAUUAAACUUCAGAAAGGUAAAGAUAGUGAUUAUCAAUAAGAUAUUAAAAGUUUAACUAUUUAUACAAAGAAGAUGAUGGGGAGAGAGAGAGAGAGAGAGAGAGAGAGAGACUUUGUGUGAGGGAGAGAGAGCUCAAGGACGAGAUCGGGAGGAGUGGGAUGAGGGGUUUGGGAUCUGAGGAGGAGUUGGAAGGAGUUUAGGAGGCAGAGAGGAAGAAGGAAUGAGGAUUUAAGGGCAAUUUUAAAUCCUUGAAUUCUCCUACUGCUUAAAUUUGGAGUUUAAGGAAAGAUUGGAUUUUUGUGGGGUUUUUUUUGGUGCUAAGAUGGAGGAAGAUUGGAUUUUUGUUGCUUCCCAAGCGUAAUCCACGCGGAUUUCCACUUUUUCCCUUCUUUCCUUUGAUUUUUUUUUCAGAUAAAUAUAAGUUGUUGUAUUCCUCGAGAAGGAAGUAUUGAAUGAGAGAUCCAUUUCAUCCUAAUCGGAAAGAGAGAAUAGGAAAAAACGAAAAAGGAAGAUUUUUCCCUUCUCCUUUUUUAAAUUAUUGGAUUCCUUGCACCAAAUCCUGGAACACUAUAGCACUUGAAUGCCAAAUCCCUAGUUUUUUCCGUCCAGUUUCAUGGUUUCCUGUCGCCACCCGCACAUAGAAAACCCUAGUAUUCUGUGGAGAUGUCGUUUAAGAGCGUGGUCCGAGAGCUGAAGGAGAUGAGGGACGGGAUCGGGAGCAUGUCGAGGAGGGGCGCAAGAGCGGCCGCCAGCAACGGCCGGGGAGGGGCGGCACGGCCACAGGCGCCCGGCCUCCAGAGCCUCCACCACCCCUGCCACUGGUGGCCGGAGCGGCAGCAGGGGAAGUGGGCGGACCUGCCAACGGAGCUGCUUCAGGACGUGAUAAAGAGGGUGGAGACAAGCGAGGCAUCGUGGCCGGCGAGGCGGCACGUGGUGGCCUGCGCCGCCGUUUGCCGGUCGUGGCGGGAGGUCACCAAGGAGAUCGUCCAGAACCCCGAGCAGUGUGGCCGGAUCACCUUUCCCAUUUCUCUCAAGCAGCCGGGGCCGCGGGAUGCACCGAUCCAAUGCUUCAUCAGGAGGGAGAGGGCAACAGGAGCCUAUCACUUGUAUUUGGGACUUAGCCCUUCACCGCAUGGGGAGAACGGGAAACUUCUGCUUUCAGCGCGCAAGAUCAGACAUGCAACAAGCACUGAGUAUGUGAUUUCACUGGUCCCAGAUGACUAUUCUAGAGCUAGCAGUACCUAUAUUGGGAAAUUGAGGUCAAAUUUUUUGGGUACAAAGUUCAUGAUUUAUGACGGCCAGCCUCCCUGUGAUGCUACAGUUAGAUUAAACAGUUCCUCAGGUCGAAGGAUUCAUUCAAAACAGGUCUCUCCAAGAGUACCUGCUGGCAAUUAUAAUGUUGCUACCAUCAAUUAUGAGCUCAAUGUCUUUCGAACCAGGGGGCCAAGGAGAAUGCAUGUCAUGAUGCAUUCAAUUCCAGCCUUGGCAAUUCAAGGGGGAACUGCACCAACUCCCACAGGCUUCCUUCACCCUCCAGAUGAACAAUUCUUGGCUUUAUCACUUGCAAAGCUGAAGGACCCAAUAGUAGAGUUCUCUUCCACAAGCCUUGCUGGGUCACCAAUGCCUGCUACGGCGAGAUGUGAGCCACUGAUUCUAAAGAAUAAGGCACCUAGGUGGCAUGAGCAACUCCAAUGCUGGUGUCUGAAUUUCAGAGGCCGAGUCACAGUAGCUUCUGUUAAGAAUUUCCAGCUUGUUGCGGCCGUGGAUCCCUCCAACCAGGUUUCUCUCGCAGAGCAAGAGCGAGUUAUACUUCAGUUUGGGAAAAUAGGAAAGGACAUCUUCACAAUGGAUUUUCGGUAUCCACUCUCUGCGUUUCAGGCAUUUGCUAUCUGUUUGAGCAGCUUUGACACAAAGCCCGCAUGUGAAUGAAUAAUGGAGACAUGCUGAAGCUUCUUAGAUAUUCCUAGAUUGUUUGCUAUGCAAAAUCUGAUGUUGUAAAUAUAUUAUCCAUAGGCCGCUCUUGGCGCAUCAGCCUUUAUGGCUAUUCAGCUGGUUGUACAUUUGCUGCUCGUAUCUGGGCGCAAAGUUGGACAUGGGAGGUUAUUGUCUCACAUAUCUUUUGAUAAUUGUCUGCAAAAGAGAGGAAACUUGGUAUGCUCCUUAAUGUGUUUGUAACUGUCAUGCGCUGUGUUUUUGUUACUGAUCAUGCAGAGAUUGUGGAAUUGAGUCUAUUUCAGAAAGAAUAUUAUCAGUUAUGAACUUGCUUUCUCCUAAA